AUGGAGUCUGCAACUUCUCACGAACUUCAAGGAUCUACGACUAUCGACGCGUUGCCACCUACAGAUCGAGGCCGUGGAGCCUAUGUCGCUCUUGCUUGUUGUACGAUAGCACAAGCACCCAUUUGGGGAUACUCAGUCUCGUUUGGAAUCUUUCAAGAAUACUACACUUCCCACGGAAACCUUGGUACUUCACCAAGCGGAAUUGCAUCCAUCGGUGCCUCCCAGACCGGAAUCAUGUACCUCAUGAUGCCCUUGGCCUUUAUCGCUCUCAACCGGUAUCCUCGUCUUCGAAAGUGGUUCGGUCCGCUCGGACUCUUCGUUACCAUCGUUAGCUUGACGACCUCGGCAUUCGUCAAGGAUGUUUCAGGACUUAUCGCUACGCAGGGAGUUCUAUACGCCAUCGGAUGCAGUCUUCUCUUCAGUCCAAUCUCCCUCUACAUGGACGAAUGGUUCGUCGAACGAAAAGGCUUCGCAUACGGCGUCAUGUGGGCAGGAAAGUCCUCCGUUGGUGUCGCCAUGCCCUUCCUCUUCAGCGCUUUACUACAAAGAUUUGGACUCAAGGCGACCUUGCUAUCUUGGACAGUCGCAUCUGUCGCAAUGACUCUUCCGACACUCUUCUUCCUGAAGCCUCGAGUCGAUUUGAGCCGCGACUCACGGCCGCGACCGAUUAGUUUUGCCUUCCUUGGAUUCGGGUCGUUCUGGAUGGUUCAGAUUGGCAUUAUCGUGCAGUCUUUGGGAUAUUUGAUGCCGAGCACAUACCUGGCCAGCUACGCCAAGGCGAUCGGAUUCUCGUCAGUCACGGGGCCUAUCUUGAUGGCUCUGUUUUCACUUGCUUCCGUGCCCGGAUCUUUGAUGCACGGAAUGCUGGGCGACAAGAUUUCUGCAGCCAAAGUAAUUUUGGUAUCAUCCCUGGGAAGUGCACUUCCGGUCUUCCUCCUCUGGGGUCUAAGCCGCCACCUCAGCACUAUGGUGCUGUUCGUGAUCCUCUACGGCUUCUUCGCUGGGGGCUUCAGCUCGACAUGGUCAGGAGCCCUGCAGGAAAUUAAAGGAGAUGAUGCAACGAUUAAUACGUCGCUGGUAUUUGGGAUGCUUCUUGGUGGCCGGGGUCUUGGGUUUGUUGUCGCUGGCCCUGUCAGCGGUGCCCUUGUCUCUGCAGGAAGCUCCAUUUCGACAGGUGACGCUAUGGGAUAUGCUACCAAGUAUGGUCCUAUGAUUCUUUGCACUGGGGUCACCGCUAUUAUGGGAGCUUGGGCACCUCUUUGCAAGAUUGCCAAGUCGAUUGGGUCGAGGGGGAUUGAAGCCUGUGCUCGAGUGGUUGUGUGA